CAUGCGACCAAACCUGGAGCGAGAAGUGGGAGAUUCGAAGUAGCAAAACAAGCAACAGUAAUUUCAUAUUUCAUUAAACAAAUGCCAUCUAGGAUUAGUUAAAAACGAAAAAGGAAAACCACGACACCGGAGUAAGCAUGGCGACCCCCAGUAAGACCCCGCCAGGUUCUGACCCCAAGCAGCUGGAGAGGACCGGGACGGUCCGGGAGAUCGGCUCUCAGGCAGUGUGGUCUCUGUCUUCCUGUAAACCAGGGUUUGGUGUGGACCAGCUGAGAGAUGACAACUUGGAGACAUACUGGCAGUCUGAUGGAUCCCAGCCACACCUAGUCAACAUCCAGUUUAGGAGAAAGACCACAGUGAAGAUGUUGUGUAUGUAUGCAGACUACAAGUCAGACGAGAGCUACACCCCCAGUAAGAUCUCUGUCAGAGUAGGAAACAACUUCCACAACCUGCAGGAGAUCAGACAGUUAGAGAUGGUAGAGCCUAGCGGUUGGAUCCACAUCCCCCUUCUGGAUGCAGUCAACAACCCCAUCAGGACGUUCAUGAUCCAGAUAGCUGUGUUAGCCAACCACCAGAACGGCAGAGACACGCACAUGAGGCAGAUCAAAGUGUAUACCCCCGUGGAGGAGAGCUCCAUCGGCAAGUUCCCAAGAUGCACCACGGUCGACUUCAUGAUGUACCGCACCAUCAGAUGACACUGAGGGUUCCGGGUGGAACCUCUUCAGGGUUACGAAUAGAACUUUCCAGAGUUCCGGGUGGAACCCUUAAGUGUACAGUGUUGACAAAUAAGGGAAUUGGAAUGCUAUUUUUUUUUUUAAGUGAAAUAUUAUUCUAAUUUUCAAGUUAACCUGAAAUCCUUUUCAUUUAAGAUUACAUGGAGCCACUCAACGUAUUACUGCCUGUCUGCAUCCCAAAUGGCACCCUAUUCCCUACAUAGUACACUACUAUAGACCCUAUUCCCUAUAUAGUGCACUACUUUAGACCAGAGCUCUAUUCCCUAUAUAGUGCACUACUAUAGACCAGAGCCCUAUUCCCUAUAUAGUACACUACUAUAGACCAGAGCCCUAUUCUCUAUAUAGUGGUACUACUUUAGACCAGAGCCCUAUUCUCUAUAUAGUGGUACUACUUUAGACCAGAGCCCUAUUCUCUAUAUAGUGGUACUACUUUAGACCAGAGCCCUAUUCCCUAUAUAGUGCACUACUAUAGACCAGAGCCCUAUUCCCUAUAUAGUACACUACUAUAGACCAGAGCCCUAUUCCCUAUAUAGUGCACUACUUUAGACCAGAGCCAUAUUCUCUAUAUAGUGGUACUACUUUAGACCAGAGCCCUAUUCCCUAUAUAGUGCACUACUUUAGACCAGAGCCCUAUUCUCUAUAUAGUGGUACUACUAUAGACCAGAGCCCUAUUCCCUAUAUAGUGCACUACUAUAGACCAGAGCCCUAUUCCCUAUAUAGUGGUACUACUUUAGACCAGAGCCCUAUUCCCUAUAUAGUGCACUACUUUAGACCAGAGCCCUAUUCUCUAUAUAGUGGUACUACUUUAGACCAGAGCCCUAUUCUCUAUAUAGUGGUACUACUAUAGACCAGAGCCCUGUUCCCUAUAUAGUGCACUACUAUAGACCAGAGCUCUAUUCCCUAUAUAGUGCACUACUAUAGACCAGAGCUCUAUUCCCUAUAUAGUGCACUACUAUAGACCAGAGCUCUAUUCCCUAUAUAGUGCACUACUAUAGUGUGUUCCUAUGGACCCUUGUCAAAAGUAGUGCACUAUAUAGGGAAUAGGGCUCUGGUCGAUAGUAGUGCACUAUAUAUAGGGAAUAGGACUCUGGUCUAAAGUAGUGUACUAUAUAGGGUAUAGGGCUCUGGUCUAUAGUAGUACCACCAUAUAGGGAAUAGGGCUCUGGUCUAUAGUAGUGUACUAUAUAGGGAAUAGGGCUCUGGUCUAUAGUAGUGUACUAUAUAGGGAAUAGGGCUCUGGUCUAUAGUAGUGCACUAUAUAGGGAAUAGGGCUCUGGUCUAAAGUAGUGCACUAUAUAGGGAAUAGGGCUCUGGUUUAAAGUAGUGCACUAUAUAGGGAAUAGGGCUCUGGUCUAUUGUAGUGCACUAUAUAGGGAAUAGGGCUCUCGUCUAAAGUAGUGCACUAUAUAGGGAAUAAGGCUCUGGUCUAAAGUAGUGUACUAUAUAGGGAAUAGGGCCCUGGUCUAUAGUAGUACCACUAUAUAGGGAAUAGUUCUCUGGUCUAAAGUAGUGCACUAUAUAGGGAAUAGGGCUCUGGUCUAUAGUAGUACCACUAUAUAGGGAACAGGGCUCUGGUCUAUAGUAGUACCACUAUAUAGUGAAUAGGGCUCUGGUCUAUAGUAGUGCACUAUAUAGGGAAUAGGGCUCUGGUCUAUAGUAGUGCACUAUAUAGGGAAUAGGGCUCUGGUCUAUAGUAGUCCACUAUAUAGGGAAUAGGGCUCUGGUCUAUAGUAGUGUACUAUAUAGGGAAUAGGGUUCCAUAGGGCUCUGGUCUAUAGUAGUGUACUAUAUAGGGAAUAGGGUGCUGUGUUGGCAGCAAUCUCUGUGUGUUAUGGAUGUUGUUAAUUCCAUGUUAGUCGGAUGGCCUGUGUUGCGGUUGGCGUCUGAUGUAAAGAUGAUUUGAAGACUUCAACGAGACCAUGUAAGGGCAGUGGUUGAGGCCCCCAAAUAACACAGGUUUUACUCCCUGUGUGACCUGCUGUCCACUGACUGGGAAUGAAUGUCAGAUGUAUGUAUCUCUCUGUCUGUUGUUCAAUUAAAUGUGUUUUCAGUUUGA